AUGGCGAUCUGGCAUGCUACUACUGCUAAUCUGGAGAAGAGUUCGUUGGCACAGAAGAAGUUCGCUGACAAGAGAAGAGUUUCCUCCCCUCCUUAUGCCCUGGGAGACAAGGUCUGGCUUUCCACUCGGAAUAUCCGUCUCAAAGUUCCAACACCCAAACUGGGUCCGAAGUUCAUCGGCCCCUUUCCUGUCAUAGACAUCAUCAACCCUGUGGCGGUCCGGUUGCAACUUCCUCCCGAGAUGCGGAUUCCGAAUGCCUUCCAUGUGUCUCUCCUAAAGCCUGCAAAUUCUUCUUCUUCUUCUUUUUCCUCCCCAGCUCCUGUUCUUGUGGAUGGUCAUCAGGAGUUUGAAGUGCAGAAGAUUCUGGACUCUCGAUUUUCUAGAGGUUCCCUGCAGUACCUUAUCGAAUGGAGGGGGUUCGGUCCUGAAGAGUGUUCUUGGGAUUCUCCCACACAAAAGGUUGAUGGUACACCAAGGGUUAACAAUGGUGACUUAGCAACGAAACUACCAGAGAUGGCUGUUAGUAGGAUAACAGGAACAAUUUCCAGCAUUCUAGAUGUUGCUAUAAAGCUCCUGAACUAUAAAUUCAUCAAGCUGUACCGACCCAAAGUCACAGGUGUCUACAAUAGACUCAUAUUAUGCCUUGGACUCCUAUCCUGUGCCGGCUUUCUCCUGGCUGGUUAUGUUAGGGGGAAGGAUUCAGAAACUGGUCACCUUACAGGAGCAUUUGUAGGAUUUGGCACGGGAUGCGUAUACAACAUCGUACAAUGUAUACUGUACGCCAUACUCCAGCCCAGCGGAAAAAGCCGAAGGAUGGUUUACUACCGGUUCUUUGCUUGUGUGAUCACUGUUAUCCCAAUGAUAGCACUUACAACAUCACUGACGACUUGUAGCAUACUGACGAGCUGCAAUCCACACUAUUUGAGAACGGCACUUGCAACAUUGGAGUGGGCAGGAAUGUUUGGGCUUCUCCUCUAUAUGCCAACUUAUUCCAUGGAAUUUCAGAACCUGACUCUAAAAUGGCCCAAAAGCCUAAAAGGCGACUGGAUAUGCAAGAGGGAAGGAUCCACUGAUGUAGAGUCCCCUGAGGAACCAACAACUGUCACCUGCAGGCACAUGAUAACACUGUUACCCUCUGAUCAGCUAUUAGGCUCAGUGAUACCUAUUCAUAUACAGGGAGCUUACAGGGAUUGGAUGUUCAAAUGAGAAGCCCAGUCCCCCGAGGAUCCACAAAAACACCUGAAAGAGUGAAGACUGAAAAACGAAAUCUCCACAUUCAAGAA